AUGGAGAACAAUUAUUUGCAUUUUCAAUUAGAUUGCUAUCAUUCCCUUUUUUUUUUCUAUCCUUUGUUGCUAUGUUCAUCUCUUCUCCAUCUUUCUCUCUUUGUCUAUAUCUCUCUUCUUUCUUACUUUCUACCUUUUCCAACUUCCUCCUUUACACCAUUUUUCUUUCAAAAUCUCCCACUACCACCUUUCACUCAUGAUUGUUUUUUAUCUACUCUUCUUUCUUUAUUUCUCUCUCUCUCUAAAUCAUUCGUUUCUUUCUUUCUGUCUACUUCUUACAAACAAUUUUUCUUCUUUCUUCUCACUACAUAUUUCCUCCUCCUUGUAGUUGUCCCUCUCUCUACAUUCUUUCCUUCCUCCACUUUCCUAUUGCUCCCUUAUAUUACUAUCACUCCUUUACUCUCACUACAUAUUUUCUCUCAUUACCAGCCCCUCUUAUCACUCAGUUUCCUUUUUCCUAUAUAUUUAACAUUCUCUAUUUAUUUACUUUUCAAACUUAAUAUUUUUACUACUAAUUCUUAUAUCAAAUUUUCACUUUUCUCUUUCUCUCACUCACUAUCUUUGAAAUUUGCCUCCUACUCUUCUGCUUCUUCUCUUUUCUCCUCAUACUACCUCUCAAGGUCACCAUCUUCUUUUUCAAACAUUCUAUCAUCUUGCCCUUCUUUUCUUUUGCUGCAAUCUAUCAUACUUCUUGAUCAAACUUGCUUUUCAAAAUAUGAUAUUUAUCUGUCCUUGAACUCACUUCACUCUUUUUCUUACCUACUCACUUUUUUAUUUCCUUUCUUUUUCCAUCAUUCUCUCUCUUUAUUGAAUCUUUUAUUUCCCCUUUUUUCUCUCUUUUUCCAACUAUUUAAUCUUAUUUUUCUCUCUUCAUUCUUCCACCUUCCUUUCUCCCUCUCCCUUCUUUUCUUUCCCUAUCUCAUUGUCUUAGUUUAUUUUGCUUCCUCUUUUUCUUUAUCUGUUUAUCUUUUCCGUUUUUUUUUUAUUCUUCCCCCUUUUUAUCCUGUUUAA